UGGCCUGCAGCAGGUGAGUGGAGAGGCAAGGUGGGGCAUUGCGCAUGCACGGUGACCGUGGCCCUCAUCACCGUUUAUCUUAUCGCUUGGUGACUGCUGGACAGGCUUGGCGCAGCAUUGGAACGUGAGGAAAGGCUGUCAGACCUUUUAAGUUCAUUCAGCAAACCUAGUUGGAACGGAUUGAGCUAUUUCACGAAUUUAGUCAGGCGAUAGCCGGAGACACAAUUUUGUCUGGGCGUCGACUGGUCUCAACGGAUCCGAGCAUCCAUCCCUUUCAUUGCUAGCGGUCUAGCUAACAUCAGUGAGGUGACAGCCAUAAUCGAGGACGCUGACAACGCGCCGCUAAAAUGUCCGGAUACCAGGGAAAGAAAAAUAUACCUCGCAUUACAAGUGAUCGUCUCCUUAUCAAAUGUGGAAAGAUUGUAAAUGAUGACCAGUCUUUCCUUGCUGACAUCUAUAUCGAGGAUGGAGUCAUCAAGCAAAUUGGAGAGAACCUGAUAGUUCCUGGUGGGGUGAAGAUCAUUGAUGCCCAUGGACGCAUGGUGAUGCCCGGGGGCAUAGAUGUGCACACACGCUUCCAGAUGCCAGACAGGGGCAUGGUGUCAGCAGAUGACUUCUACCAGGGCACCCGUGCUGCUUUGGCUGGGGGAACCACCAUGAUAGUUGAUCAUGUGGUUCCAGAACCUGGUGUGAGCCUGGUGGCAGCGUUCAACCAGUGGAGGGAAUGGGCCGACAGCAAGUCCUGCUGUGACUACUCCCUGCAUGUGGACAUCACUAACUGGCACAAGGGCAUGCAGGAGGAGAUGGAGAGCCUAGUGAAGGACCACGGUGUCAACUCUUUCCUGGUCUAUUUGGCUUAUAAGGAUGUUUUCCAACUUUCCGACUCCCAGAUGUACGAGGUGUUCAAUGUCAUCAGAAACUUGGGAGCAAUCGCUCAGGUGCACGCAGAGAACGGGGACAUCAUUGCCGAGGAGCAGCGUAAGAUCCUGGAGCUGGGCAUCACUGGCCCUGAGGGUCACGUGCUGAGCCGCCCGGAGGAGGUGGAGGCAGAAGCAGUCAACCGGUCAGUCACUCUGGCCAAUCAGACCAACUGCCCCCUCUACAUCACCAAGGUGAUGAGCAAGAGUGCUGCUGAUGUCAUCGCCCUGGCCAGGAAAAAGGGUGCUGUGGUGUAUGGAGAGCCUAUCUCUGCCAGCCUGGGCACGGACGGAACCCACUACUGGAGUAAGAACUGGGCCAAGGCAGCUGCCUUCGUCACCUCCCCACCCCUCAGCCCUGACCCCACCACCCCUGAUUAUCUCAACUCACUGCUCUCCUGUGGUGACCUGCAGGUGACUGGUAGUGCUCAUUGCACGUUCCACACCUCUCAGCGUGCUGUGGGCAAAGACAACUUCACCCUCAUCCCAGAAGGCACCAACGGCACUGAGGAGAGACUCUCCCUCAUCUGGGACAAGUGUGUGGUGACUGGAAAAAUGGACGAGAACCAGUUUGUGGCUGUGACCAGCACCAACGCAGCUAAGAUCUUCAACCUGUACCCCCGUAAGGGCCGCAUUGCAGUGGGCUCUGACGCCGACCUGGUCCUCUGGGACCCAGACGUCAGCAAGAUCAUCUCUGCCAAGAGUCACAACCUGGCUGUGGAGUAUAAUAUCUUCGAAGGCACCGAGGUGCGUGGAGCUCCCCUGGUGGUGGUCAGCCAGGGCAAAAUAGUGUUGGAAGAGGGCAACCUCCAUACCACUGAGGGCUGUGGGCGCUAUGUGAGCCGUAAGCCCUUCCCUGACCAUGUCUACAGGAGGAUAAAGGCUCGCAGCAGGCUGACGGAGCUGAGUGGGGUCCCCAGGGGUCUCUAUGACGGGCCAGUGUGUGAGAAUGUGACACCUAAGGUCAUGACCCCGGUCACCUCGGUGAAGACCUCUCCAACCAAGCUGCAGCAGCAGCAGCAACAGCAGCAGCAGGCUCCCCAGCCCGUCCGUAACCUGCACCAGUCUGGCUUCAGCUUGUCUGGUGCGCAAGUUGAUGAUAACAUUCCCCGCCGCAACACCCAGCGCAUUGCGGCGCCCCCUGGUGGUAGGUCCAACAUCACCAGCCUGGGUUAAGCUCUACUGUCAGCUGAGCUAGGGAGGAGAGGAGCGGAGCAGGAGGAUCCGCCUCAGCUCCUAGACCAACCAUCACAACCAACAAAGCUUCAUCUAUUGUGGUCCCGUCUCCCUGACUUAACUGCAAGCUGGUGGUCAAAAACACUCCAUCCAUCUUCAUCCAUACUCUGCCACCUCAUUCAAAGAAAAAAAAAGAAAUAGCACUCAAUGUUUUGUUUUGUAUUACCUACAUGCCAUAUGCAAUCUUUUCAUUUUUUUUUAAGGAAGAGUCAAGUGAAUUUAGAGAGUUCUUGAUGUUUUUCUGUAUAUACACUGAGUGUACAAAACAGUAGGAACACCUUCCUAAUAUUGAGUUGCACCCCCUUUCGCCCUCAGAACAACCUCUAUUUGUUGGGACAUGAACUCUACAAGGUGUCAAAAGCGUUCCACAGGGAUGCUAGCCCAUGUUGAUUCCAAUGCUUCCCACAGUUGUGUCAAGUUGGAUUGAUGUCCAUUGGGUGGUGGACCGUUCUUGAUACACACAGGAAACUGUUGAGCGUGAAAAAGUACACCUGGCACUUACUACCAUACCCAGUUCAAAGGCACUUUUGUCUUGCCCAUUCACCCCAUUAACAGCAAACAUACACAAUCCAUGUCUCAAAUGUCUCAAGGCUUAGAAAUCCUUCUUUAACCUGGCUCCUCACCUUCAUCUACACUAAUUGAAGUGGAUUUAACAAGUCACAUCAAUAAGGGAUCAUAGCUUUCACCUUGCCAGUCUGUCAUGGAAAGAGCAGGUGUUCCUAAUGUAUUGUUAACUCAGUGUUAUAUAUAUAUAUAUAUACACACACAAUUUAAGUUUAGUCUUUGAUUACAUUUUGGCUUUUAAUUGUACAAGAGGAGCUGUGGAUUGUGGUCGUGUGGCAUUUGAUGUAUCUACACUCUUAGAAAAAAGGUUUUCAAAAGGGUUCUGUGGUUGUCCUCAUUGGAGAACCCUUUUUGGUUCCAUUUAGAACCAUCUUUCUAGAACCGAAAGGGUUCUACUUGGAGCCAAAAAGAGGUAUACUAUAGGAACAGCCAAAUAACACUUUUAGGUCCUUUUUUUUAACAUCGUAUAAUUUAAGGGCAAUUCUUGGUUUGACACCAAACAAGAAGAAUCACUUCUGAUUCCAAGAAGUGAGCCAUUGCAUUAGAUCACUGUCAAAGACACAUGGCAUAUUUAACUAUAGUACAUUGGUUAUUGUUUUUCUUCCAUCCUAUAAGUAAAUGGAAGGUUUCACAAAUGUUUUUACAUUUUCGAGGCUGUAAAAUAGUGUUGAAGGAACUCGGAUUACGUUUUUACCUCACUAAGUCAGUUUGCAGUAUUUGUAUGAUUUUAAAACAGCUGUGAGUUUUAGUUAUUGUCCUUCCAUAGCCUUUCUGGUCAGUAUUACAACAGAACUUUCAGCUGAACAAAUUCAAUUCUAUCUUCCUUUGUCUCAUUGCUGCACUUUUUGUAUUGUUGUAAUGUUUUUGUUGUUAAUAUUAUACAUUUUUGAUCGUGUCUAGAGCUAAAACAUUACUGUAAUCUGAAAUAUUGACUCUUAGAUCUUAGCUUGUCUGCUGAUGGAAUGCGCAGAAGUCAAGGGAGAUGGUUAAACCAUUCAUCUCCUCACUCCCCUCAGUCUGAACACCUUUGACACAAAGCAUGCACAAUACAUGGCAGCAGGGAGAACCUUCACCCCCCCCCCCAAAAAAACUGCAGAGACAUUGCCUCUUUUUCCUCCAUUUUCUUCUCUAUAAUCACACUGCUGUUUAUUUUCUUAUGACACUGACAGCCAUGCUCGAUAGAAGGUUGCCCCUAACAACCUCUCUGCACCAGGUGCUAUUUGAUCAAUGCUGUGUAUGUGCAGAUGGUGGUGCCUACUUUUUCCACUCAACCACAGCAAUUCAAGCUUUGUGAAACUACUUUACGGGGGAGCGGAGUCAGCUAUUACAUGACACGGGUCUUGGUUUUCUAUCUGCUAAAGUGCAAAAGGUGAAUCUGUGGAAAUGCAAUGUUGAUUUGUAUUUGAUAUGUUUGUUUUUGUUGUUUUUUCAGAAUGUUUGUUCAAUAUCACUUGCCUGCCUAUUCUAUAAAGUAUUGAUUGAUAGUAUGCUUUAAGAACCAUGUAUUUAUGAAAAAUACCUGUUAAGCACUGUCAGUGACCAAGCUAGUACAAAUACCUGUUAAGCACUGUCAGUGACCAAGCUAGUACAAAUACCUGUUAAGCACUGUCAGUGACCAAGCUAGUACAAAUACCUGUUAACCUCUGUCAGUGCCCAAGCUAGUACAAAUACCUGUUAAGCACUGUCAGUGACCAAGCUAGUACAAAUACCUGUUAAGCACUGUCAGUGACCAAGCUAGUACAAAUACCUGUUAACCUCUGUCAGUGACCAAGCUAGUACAAAUACCUGUUAAGCACUGUCAGUGACCAAGCUAGUACAAAUACCUGUUAACCUCUGUCAGUGACCAAGCUAGUACAUGUAGUGCUUUGAGAUCCAGUGAAAAAAAGCUGUGAUAAUGAAAUCCAUUAUUUACACUAAUGAUGUGGUUUGACUCCUGUCCUUAUUGUUGGAGUCACUAGAAUAGCACCUCCUCUUAGCCCUGUGAGUGUUGACGAUGGGAGCCACUUUUAACCGGUGCUCGCUCCAUCAUCACUCGCGUUACCCUCUUACCUAUUCACAUUAGACCUUACUGUUAGUGCCACGCAUCAGAGUAUGAACAAUGUUACACUAGACCACAAGCCAAUGUUUAUUAACCACUCACUCGACACUGUGAACGGUACAGUAGGGACAUUUACAGUAGGCUCCUCAUUUCUCUGACCAGUUCUCUGUAUACUGUACAAGCAUUGUAUUCUUUCCUCCUCCUUGCCUUGUCAGGUAUAGGUUGUUAUGCCAAGCUAUGUGUUGUAAGUAAAUUGCCGGUGAGGAGGUUUCCUAUAGUGUUUGUUUUUUAUUUCAGAUUUUUAGCACUGUCGUUGCCCUCCCAUCUUGUGAUGAACUGUUGAUCAUGUAUGUUUUGGGAUUUUGAAAUACUUAUUCCUGACGACGUUGAAUACUAUCAGUGUUGACUUAAAUGGUUUUAAACAUAAAAAUAAAAAAUAAAACAAUU